AUGAAGUUUUAUACUUCAACAUUGCUUGCGUUCGCCCUGUUGGAGUAUGGUAGCGCAACAGUUGUUGAGAGAGGAGAAGGUCGACCUGUCAACUCCAGCUCCUACGAUUUUAUAGUGAUCGGAGGCGGAACUGCAGGUCUCGCCGUUGCUUCGCGCAUCAGUCUCGGCCUCCCGAACCUCAGCGUCCUCGUCAUAGAAGCUGGGCCUGAUGGACGUCAGGAACCUGGCAUUUUCGUUCCGGGAAGAAAAGGAUCAACACUCGGAGGCAGAUACGAUUGGAACCUGACCACAAUCACACAACCUAAUGCUAACAACCGCGUGUUUGCGCAAAACCGCGGCAAGGUCCUUGGAGGUAGCUCUGCGCUCAAUCUCAUGACAUGGGACAGGACUUCCGAGUUCGAAUUGAAUGCCUGGGAAAAGCAGCUCGGUAACAAAGGAUGGAACUGGAAGAGUCUUUAUGCGGCUAUGUUGAAGUGUGAGACUUUCAUGCCGUCGCCCGCGUAUGGCACAGAGGGAGCCGGCACAACGGGACCUAUUCGCACGCUCAUUAACAGGAUCUUCCCACGGCACCAAUCCACAUGGUAUCCUACCAUGAACAAUCUCGGCUUAGCGACAAACCGAGAGAGUUUAAACGGCAAUCCCAUUGGCGUCUCAACUCAACCCAGCAACGUCAGCCCAAACUACACUCGUUCCUACGCCCCAGAGUAUCUCAAACUCGCCAAAAACAAUCUGGUCUUGAAGCUGGACACACGUGUGGCCAAAAUUGACUUCAAAGGCAAGACUGCGACAGGAGUCACCCUAGAAGACGGUACUAAAAUUAUCGCGCGACAGGAAGUCAUUCUCUCAGCUGGAUCCUUCCAAACUCCCGGUCUUCUUGAACUUUCGGGCGUUGGGAACGCAUCGCUCCUCAAGAAACUUGGUAUCUCCGUUGUUAAAAACUUACCAUCGGUGGGUGAAAACCUCCAGGAUCACAUCCGCAUUCAAGUGUCCUACCAACUGAAGCCUGAAUACCCUUCGUUUGACGUUCUCAAGAACGCCACCCGUGCGGCUGCUGAGCUAGCCUUGUACAACGCGGAUCGCGAGUCACUCUAUGACUACACCGCCAGCGGCUACGCAUACUUCCCCUGGGGCAUCGUCGGCAAUGAAACCGCCUCUCAGUUGCGGACCCUCGUUGACAAUGACUCGAGCUUGACUUCGGUCACCGAUAAACUAAAGAAGACGUACUUCUCUCCCUCUCUCAGCACCAAGGUACCCCAACUAGAAGUCAUCUUCUCAGACGGUUACACCGGUCUGAAAGGUUAUCCUGCAGCCAACUCGUCUCAAUUCGGCAUCGGCACUUUUGCACUCAUUGGCGUCGUGCAACACCCUCUCAGCAAAGGUAAUGUGCAUAUCAACUCCCGGAACAUCAGCGAGAAACCGAUUAUCAACCCGAACUACCUGUCCCAUCCCUACGAUCUCGCAGCUGCUACAAAUCUCGCCAAAUUUCUGCGUAGGAUCGCUUCUACGAAACCCAUGAGCGAAGUCUGGACAGAAGAAUAUGAACCGGGUAAUGCUAUACAGACUGAUGAGGAUUGGCGGAAGUACGCCCUGGGGAACACAUUGAGUAUCUACCAUCCCGUUGGUACUGCUGCAUUGCUUCCGGAGAAGGAUGGUGGUGUCGUGAAUUCAGAGUUGAAGGUCUAUGGUGUCAAAGGACUGAGGGUGGUGGAUGCGAGUAUUAUCCCUCUUUUGCCGAGUGCGCAUCUUCAGACGCUGGUUUACGGGAUCGCUGAGAAGGCGGCGGAGAUGAUUAUCACUGAGCAUAAAUAG